AUGAAAGUAAUUAUUUUUACGGCGAUAGCCCUUUUGGGUGCCGCUUUGGCCGAUGAAGUACCCACAGAAGAAAAUGUACUCGUACUAAGUAAAUCCAAUUUCGAUAGUGUUGUUGCGGCAAACAACUUCAUCUUAGUGGAAUUCUAUGCACCAUGGUGCGGACACUGCAAGUCACUCGCUCCUGAAUACGCAAAAGCCGCAACCAAGUUGGCUGAGGAAGAAUCGCCUAUCAAGCUUGCUAAAGUAGAUGCCACGCAAGAACAGGAACUGGCUGAAAGCUAUGGUGUCAGAGGAUACCCUACUCUUAAAUUCUUUAGACACGGCAGCCCUAUUGAUUACUCAGGUGGUCGCCAGGCUGAUGACAUCAUCACUUGGUUGAAGAAGAAGACUGGUCCUCCAGCUAUUGAAGUCACAUCAGCCGAACAGGCCAAAGAAAUGAUUGGAGCCAACAAUGUCAUUGUAUUUGGUUUCUUCUCUGAUUCAAAUACUGACAAAGCUAAAGUCUUCUCAACUGUUGCCAGUACUGUAGAUGACCAAGUCUUUGCCAUUGUGUCUGAUGAUAAACUGAUUGCUGAACUAGAAGCUGAAGAUGAAGAUGUUGUUCUUUUCAAGAAUUUCGAGGAGCCCCGUGUCAAGUUUGAUGGUGAGAAAUUCGAUGAGGAUAUUUUCAAGACUUGGGUGUUUGUCAAUGCCAUGCCCACAAUUGUUGAAUUCUCUCACGAGACAGCCUCCAAGAUCUUUGGUGGACAGAUCAAAUACCACCUUCUCUUGUUCCUGUCCAAGAAAAAUGGCGACUUUGAAAAAUACGUCGAGGAGCUCAAACCUGUUUCCAAGACCUACCGUGACAGAAUCAUGUCUGUUGCUAUUGACGCUGAUGAGGAUGAACACCAGAGAAUCCUUGAGUUCUUCGGCAUGAAGAAGGAUGAGGUCCCAUCUGCUCGCCUUAUUGCUCUGGAGCAAGAUAUGGCCAAAUACAAGCCUGUCAGCGACGAACUCUCCGCAAACUCCAUUGAGGAAUUCAUCCAAUCCUUCUUCGCGGGAACUCUGAAACAACACUUGCUUAGCGAAGACUUGCCCGCCGACUGGGCCGCGAAGCCCGUUAAGGUGCUGGUCGCCUCUAACUUCGAUGAAGUCGUCUUUGAUGAAACCAAGAAAGUCCUUGUGGAAUUCUACGCUCCAUGGUGCGGACACUGCAAACAGCUGGCUCCCAUCUACGACAAACUCGGUGAACACUUCGAGAAGGACGAUGAUGUUAUCAUCGCUAAGAUUGACGCCACCGUCAACGAGCUCGAGCACACCAAGAUUACCUCCUUCCCCACUAUCAAAUACUACACCAAGGAUAACCAGGUGCGUGACUACAACGGUGAGAGGACGCUCGCCGCGAUGACCAAGUUUGUCGAGACUGACGGUGAAGCGGCUGAACCCGUACCCAGUGUGAGCGAAGAUGAGGACGAGGACGAGGUGCCGGCCAGAGACGAAUUAUAA